AUUUAUCUUAUAUAAAUGCAUAUACAGAGCUUGGAUCCUGGUACUCCCCAGGAUGCACCGAACUAUGCCACCUUCCUCCGCCUCCACACGUACGCCGACGGAAGUUAUACGUCGGAGAGAGAUGCUAGAAUUGACGCCGAGGUUCAUCGACUGGCCGCUGCCACAGGACGACAGGAGCGGCUAGACGAGGUGUAUUUGGAGGUGGUGCAAAUUGAUAGGUCACGGAUCUACGGCGUCGGGAGUGCCGGGCAGAGUCAGGCUAGUAGGGGGUCUAUCCGCAGCACGGGCACUUCUGCGGUGUCUCAGCAGCUUUAUGAGACACGGAUCUCCACGCUGGAGGAGCGAUUGGCGGCAGAGCAAGCACAACGCCAACAGAUAGAGGAGCGCAUGGCGGCAGAGCAAGCAGAACGCCAACAGAUGCAGGACCGCGUGGCUCAAUUGGAGGCGUUUAUGAGGAUGUAUAAUGCUCCGCCACCUCCACACCCUGAUGCCGAUGAUGAUGAUGAUGAUGAUGAUGAUGCUUAGACUUAUGUUUAUGUUUUCAAACAAAAUUACAUUUGCACUUUCUUUUCAAAUUUAUGUUUUAUUGAACUAUAUAUUUCAAGUGCUUUAAUUAUUAAAACUAUAAAUGUUUUAUA